AGGCCCAAAAUGCCCUGUUAAUUAGGGUUAAUCUGCUUGAUAUGCUGUAUCAGCCGAUCUGCUUGAAGUGUUCAUCUGCCGGAAUAAGAAUGUUGCAAUAUUGCUCGAUUUUUGAGGCAAGCCAUUAGCCAACGUCAAACACUGACCGAGGGUCACCAAUGGUUGACUCGGAGACAGCACUUGCACACGAACACACCAUGUCCACCAUCGCAUGGUUGAACUCUCCGUGUUGUGCUAAUCAAAAUCUCGGGACACUUCAAGAUCAUAUCAAACUUCGACAGUGGCAUCGUUAUAAACCUGAGAAUGUAAAUCCCGCCAAAAAAAUUGCUUACCCUUCAACUCUAAUCCACCCAACGAUGCUGGUGAUCCCAAAUUUCCCGAUGCUGGUGUUGAGUGGCUGAAUGAUGAGCGAGGACUGCCGAGCAAGCUUGAAAAGGUUGACGACUCAUACUUCUUGCUUGGAGAGGCAAAUGCAGAUAUUGAGUUGCGCUCUCCCUAUCUCCGGGACUUCCUGGACGAAACACCCUGAAACGUGAAUCCCCAUGCCAAGGUGUUAACAACAUCGUCCAUUGUUGCGUCGUCGUCGUUAGAGGCACUUCCUGAUGCAAAAACCUGGGAUGUAUGGCCGUAGAACCACAUUUACCCUAAUUAACAGUUAAAUUCGUC